GAUUGGGUCAAAACUUCGUUUCCUCGGUGCGGGGAGAGACCGAAAUCCUCUCCCUCUUCGUCCUCCCUCCCCUCUCCCUUUCUCCCAAACACUAUCGGCUUUCUUCGUGGUGAUCGCCGCCGCUCGAGCAAACCCUCGGCGCACGUCUUCGCGACGUGCCCUCCCGUUCCCGGGAGCGGAAGGUCAUCUCGAUCCCUAACGAUUUAUGGUCCUAGGGAUCUCUCGAUCCGUUUGGGAUACAUCUCUUUGGUCGAGUCGGAUACGGCGAUGGAGGGGAACAAAGAUGAUGCUUUGAAGUGCCUCCGGAUCGGUAAGGACGCAUUGCAGUCCGGUGAUCGGACUCGCGCCGUCAAAUUCCUCUCCAAGGCUCGCCGUCUAGAUCCCACUUUGCCGAUCGACGGCCUCCUCUCCGCCGCUGCUGACUCUGAUGGCAAAUCCGGCGGUCCCGCUGAUUCCGCUGCGUCAUCGAACGCUUCCCAGCCUGACGAGCCAUCGAGCGGUACUUCUUCCCGUGCUGCCGCUGCAUCCGUCUCUUCUGCUUCCAAGGUUAGGAUUUCCUCGGAUGGUCCUGGGUCUUCGAGGGACUACACUGAGGAGCAGGUGACCGUCAUCAGUCAGAUUAAGAAGCUGAAUGAUUACUAUCAGAUCUUGGGGGUUGAAAAAGGAUGCACUGUGGAGGAAGUUAGGAAGGCCUACCGGAAGCUCUCUUUGAAGGUGCAUCCUGACAAGAACAAGGCGCCUGGUGCUGAUGAAGCCUUUAAGGCUGUAUCUAAGGCCUUCCAGUGCUUGAGCGACAAUGAGAGCAGGAAAAGGUAUGAUCUUCUCGGUUCAGAUGAGUCUGAUCGGCCGGUGGCACAGCGUGGCAAUCAUGGUUUCAAUGGCUUUUAUGACGAGGACUUUGAUGCUGAUGAGAUCUUCAGGAACUUCUUUUUUGGUGGAGGGCCUCCGGUUGCCACUCAUUUUCGCACUUUCCGCUUUAGAACUGGUGGCACGGGUGGGGCGAGUGCUCAUGAGAUGCAUGGUUCUGUCAAUCAUAAUCUCCGGAUGCUCAUACAGAUCUUGCCUAUCAUUAUCCUGUUCUUGCUGAACUUCCUUCCAUCCUCUGAACCAAUAUAUAUGCUGUUCCGAUCCUAUCCUUAUGAGCACAAGCUAGAAACAUCAAGGGGUGUGGCAUACUUUGUUAAGUCAGUGAAAUUUGAGGAGGAAUAUCCUUAUGAGAGCCCAAAACGCAUUGCUUUGGAGGAACAUGUGGAGAGUGACUAUGUUGGGAUCCUUGAACAGAAUUGCCGGGUUGAGUUGCAGAGACAACACUGGGGACUGUCAUACCAAACACCACAUUGCGAUAGGCUUCAGAAGUUUGAGGCAGCAGCUUGAUGCCAUCAACUCAAGAGGUUUCAGACUGAUAUGCAAGUAUGCUUUUCAUGGAUGGCAUAAGUCGAAUUUUAGUAUUCUCUAUCGUUUUUUAUUGCCAAUGUGCUGCUACUAGUUCUGGUUGCAUCAAGGACGAGCUCCAUCAUGGUGCUUAUGGCAUAAAUUAUUACAUUACAAAGACCCAAACUGGUUUAAUAUCGUCUUAGAGAAUUAGUUGGAGAUGUUAUUAGGCUCCAAAAAAUUUUGUUAUCUGCUUUAUAUCGUUGUUAACCCAUGUGUUUCGUUUGAGCAGUAAUUGUUAGUAAUUGUUGUUUCUGAUAACUGUUGCAUGUAUUAUCUUGUGACGACCAUCUAUAACAUGGCUGGUUCUUCCCUUCCA